CCUCAAUUGAAGGAUUCAAAAGACGAUUUCGUAGAAAUGUUGGUAACACCGACGCUACAACAACGGCUGAUGCUACAACAACAGUAGCUGAGACAACUACAGUGGCUUACGCAACUACGGCAGAUACUACAGCAGCAGAUGCUACAACUACAGUGGCUGACACAACUACAGCUGAUGCUACAACACCAGUUGCUGAUGCAACAACGGCUGAUGCUACAACAACAGUAGCUGAGACAACUACAGUGGCUGACGCAACUACGGCAGAUACUACAGCAGCUGAUGCUACAACUACAGUGGCUGACACAACUACAGCUGAUGCUACAACAGUUGCUGAUGCAACAACAGUUGCUGAUGUAACAACAACAGUAGCUGACACAAGUACAGCUGAUGCUACAACAACAGUUGCUGAUGCAACAACAGCUGAUGUUACAACAACAGUUGCUGACACAACUACAGUGGUUGACGCAACUACGGCAGAUACAACAGCAGCUGAUGCUACAACUUCAGUGGCUGACACAACUACAGCUGAUGCUACAACAGUAGCUGAUGCUACAACUACAGUGGCUGAAACAACUACAGCUGAUGCUACAACAGUUACUGAUGCAACAACGGCUGAUGUUACAACAACAGUUGCUGACACAACUACAGUGGCUGACACAACUACGGCAGAUGCUACAAAGGUUGCUCAUGCAACAACGGCUGAUGUUACAACAACAGUUGCUGACACAACUACAGUGGCUGACACAACUACGGCAGAUACUACAGCAGCUGAUUCUACAACUACAGUGGCACACACAACUACAGCUGAUUCUACAACAACAGUUGCUGAUGCAACAACGGCUGAUGCUACAACAACAGUACCCGACACAACAGUACCUGACACAACCUCAGUGGCUGAUGCAACUACGGCAGACACUACCGCAGCUGAUUCUACAACUACAGUGGCACACACAACUACAGCUGAUGCUACAACAACAGUUGCUGAUGCAACAACGGCUGAUGUUACAACAACAGUAGCUGACACAACUACAGUGGCUGACGCAACUACGGCAGAUACUACAGCAGCUGAUGCUACAUCUACAGUGGCUGACACAACUACAGCUGAUGCUACAACAACAGUUGCUGAUGCAACAACGGCUGAUGCUACAACAACAGUAGCUGAGACAGCUACAGUGGCUGACGCAACUAAGGCAGAUACUACAGCUGCUGCUGCUACAACUACAGUGGCUGACACAACUACAGCUGAUGCUACGACAGUUGCUGAUGCAACAACGGCUGAUGUAACAACAACAGUAGGUGAUGCUACAACUACAGUGGCUGACACAACUACGGCAGAUACUACAGCAGCUGAUGCUACAUCUACAGUGGCUGAAACAACUACAGCUGAUGCUACAACAGUUGCUGAUGCAACAACGGUUGAUGUUACAACAACAGUUGCUGACACAACUACAGUAGCUGACGCAACUACGGCAGAUACUACAGCAGCUGAUGAUACAACUUCAGUGGCUGGCACAACUACAGCUGAUGCUACAAUAGUUGCUGAUGCAACAACGGCUGAUGUUACAACAACAGUUGCUGACACAACUACAGUGGCUGACACAACUACGGCAGAUACUACAGCAGCUGAUUCUACAACUACAGUGGCACACACAACUACAGCUGAUUCUACAACAACAGUUGCUGAUGCAGGAACGGCUGAUGCUACAACAACAGUACCUGACACAAGUACAGUGGCUGACGCAACUACGGCAGAUACUACAGCAGAUGAUGCUACAUCUACAGUCGCUGAUACAACUACAGCUGAUGCUACAACAACAGUUGCUGAUGCAACAACGGCUGAUGUUACAACAACAGAAGCUGACACAACUUCAGUGGCUGACGCAACUACGGCAGAUACUACAGCAGCUGAUGCUACAACUACAGUGGCUGAAACAACUAUAGUAGGUGAUGCUACAACUACAGUGGCUGACGCAACUACGGCAGAUACUACAGCAGCUGAUGCUACAAGUACAGUGGCUGACACAACUUCAGCUGAUGCUACAACAACAGUUGCUGAUGCAACAACGGCUGAUGCUACAACAACAGUAGCUGAGACAACUACAGUAGCUGACGCAACUACGGCAGAUACUACAGCUGCUGAUGCUACAACUUCAGUGGCUGACACAACUACAGCUGAUGCUACAACAGUUGCUGAUGCAACAACGGCUGAUGUAACAACAACAGUAGGUGAUGCUACAACUACAGUGGCUGACGCAACUACGGCAGAUACUACAGCUGCUGAUGCUACAGCUACAGUGGCUGAAACAUCUACAGCUGAUGCUACAACAGUUGCUGAUGCAACAACGGCUGAUGUUACAACAACAGUUGCUGACACAACUACAGUGGCUGACGCAACUACAGCAGAUACUACAGCAGAUGAUGCUACAUCUACAGUGGCUGAUACAACUACAGCUGAUGCUACAACAACAGUUGCUGAGGCAACAACGGCUGAUGCUACAACAACAGUUGCUGACACAACUACAGUGGUUGACGCAACUACGGCAGAUACUACAGCAGCUGAUGCUACAACUACAGUGGCUGACACAACUUCAGCUGAUGCCACAACAACAGUUGCUGAUGCAACAACGGCUGAUGCUACAACAACAGUAGCUGAGACAACUACAGUGGCUGACGCAACUACGGCAGAUACUACAGCUGCUGAUGCUACAACUACAGUGGCUGACACAACUACAGCUGAUGCCACAACAGUUGCUGAUGCAACAACGGCUGAUGUAACAACAACAGUAGGUGAUGCUACAACUACAGUGGCUGACGCAACUACGGCAGAUACUACAGCAGCUGAUGCUACAACUUCAGUGGCAGACACAACUACAGCUGAUGCUACAAUAGUUGCUGAUGCAACAACGACUGAUGUUACAACAACAGUUGCUGACACAACUACAGUGGCUGACACAACUACGGUGGCUGACGCAACUACGGCAGAUACUACAGCAGAUGAUGCUACAACUUCAGUGGCAGACACAACUACAGUUGAUGCUACAAUAGUUGCUGAUGCAACAACGGCUGAUGUUACAACAACUGUUGCUGACACAACUACAGUGGCUGACACAACUACAGUGGCUUACGCAACUACGGCAGAUACUACAGCAGAUGAUGCUACAUCUACAGUGGCUGAUACAACUACAGCUGAUGCUACAACAACAGUUGCUGAUGCAACAACGGCUGAUGUUACAACAACAGUAGCUGACACAACUACAGUGGCUGACGCAACUACGGAAGAUACUACAGCAGCUGAUGCUACAUCUACAGUGGCUGACACAACUACAGCUGAUGCUACAACAACAGUUGCUGAUGCAACAGCGGCUGAUGUUACAACAACAGAAGCUGACACAACUACAGUUGCUGACGCAACUACGGUAGAUACUACAGCAGCUGAUGCUACAUCUACAGUGGCUGACACAACUACAGCUGAUGCUACAACAGUUGCUGAUGCAACAACGGCUGGUGUAACAACAACAGUAGGUGCUGCUACAACUACAGUGGCUGACGCAACUACGGCAGAUACUACAGCUGCUGAUGCUACAACUACAGUGGCUGAAACAACUACAGCUGAUGCUACAACAGUUGCUGAUGCAACAACGGCUGAUGUUACAACAACAGUUGUUGACACAACUACAGUGGCUGACGCAACUACGGCAGAUACUACAGCAGAUGAUGCUACAUCUACAGUUGCUGAUGCAACAACGGUUGAUGCUACAACAACAGUAGCUGAGACAACUACAGUGGCUGACGCAACUACGGCAGAUACUACAGCUGCUGAUGCUACAACAACAGUGGCUGACACAACUACAGCUGAUGCUACAACAGUUGCUGAUGCAACAACGGCUGAUGUAACAACAACAGUAGGUGAUGCUACAACUACAGUGGCUGACGCAACUACGGCAGAUACUACAGCAGCUGAUGCUACAACUACAGCAGCUGAAACAACUACAGCUGAUGCUACAACAGUUGCUGAUGCAACAACGGCUGAUGUUACAACAACAGUUGCUGACACAACGACAGUGGCUGACGCAACUACGGCAGAUACUACAGCAGCUGAUGCUACAACUUCAGUGGCUGACACAGCUACAGCUGAUGCUACAAUAGUUGCUGAUGCAACAACGGCUGAUGUUACAACAACAGUUGCUGACACAACUACAGUGGCUGACACAACUACAGUGGCUGACGCAACUACGGCAGAUACUACAGCAGAUGAUGCUACAUCUACAGUGGCUGAUACAACUACAGCUGAUGCUACAACCACAGUUGCUGAAGCAACAACGGCUGAUGUAACAACA